UGGAGGAUGAAGCUUAAAGAAAUUGUGCUCAGAAUAUUCUUUUUUAUAUACACAUGACAAUGAUAGUAUGAAAAAUGCUUCUAACAAGAACUUCAGUAGAGAUAAACCACACAUUCCCUUGAUAUAAUAUUCAAUUGUAUUUCAAUGAAAGAAGGUGGAGACAACUUACAAAGUUUGCUGUAUAUCUAAUUGGGAAUGUAUUUGUGCCUAGUUAGUUGAUGCAAUUAGUAAACAUCUUUGAAGAUGAGCAACAACAAAGACAAAACUAAAGAUUUAAUUUCUAUACCUGUAAUAAAGAAGUCCCCUGCAAUGAAAAAGAAGUUGAGAAAUAAAAAUGAAGUAAUAUCUGAAGCAAAAGGCACAAUAUCAAAGUUGUUUCCACUUUUUGGAUUUAUUGAGGUAAACCACCCAAUUAAAGCCUCAAUUUACUUUGAUGCUUUUUGUGUUGAACAUGGUAAAGUUGAAAAACUUUCAGAUUUAAAUUUUAAAAUUGGGCAAGCUGUGUAUGUUUGUGCUAAGAAAGGACGCCCUGAUGGUCAAGCUAAAUUUCGUGCUACUAAAGUCUGGAGAAUGGCAAAUCAUGAGUUAUUUAGUCGUACUCAUCCGCCAGCAAAAAAGAAAAAUAUAAAUACAACAAAAAUGAAUAAGUUAGUUAGUAAUGGCAAACUUUCUGGAAUAUCUUCGAGCAUCAUAAGUUCUCAGCAAGAUUCAGAUAUAAGUGAUGCAUCUUUAGAUAGAUAUCACAAUGAUGAAAAAUUAAGUAUUAGCACAUCUACUUCAAUUAGUUUGUCAUCUCACAGCGUGCCAGAAAAAACAUCAUAUCAUAGAAUAAAAGACAAAAAUUCUUUGCCAAUAACUUCAUGGGAUAAACUUAAGAAAAUUACUAACCAGAAUGGAAGAAUUCAUCCUGAAGGAGAGAAUAAAGCAUGCAUUAGAUUUGGUAACCCUGAAGAAGUUGUUUUGACUAUAAGUGAUGUUGUCUUUGAUAAUAAUAAAAGAAUUAAAAAUUUAAUAUGGCAUAUUGAUGAUAACCAGCGUGUUCAGUUUGAUGCAAUUGAAGCUAAUUUUAUUGUUGGUUCUUGGAUUGCUACAAAGGUUUGGAUUGGUGAGGCACCAGAAAGUUCUUUACCAAAUGCUCUUAAAAAUGAGAAAUAUUGGCAAGAAUUAGUGAAUAAAUAUGCCUCUUUGUUUGAAGUUGAAUACACUUUACCAAAUCCAUUACCAGAAUCAGUGAAUGUUCAUCCAAGAUAUGCAGGUAAAGAGAAUUGGAAUGAAGUGCAAUCUACUGAGUUGUCAAUAAAUUGUGCAAGUCCUUGGGAUGAGUGUGAAGGGUGGGACUCUCAAGACAAUACAGGACUUCAAGUGACAUUUUCUGAUAAUGGAAAGUUUGUAAGUGAAUAUGAAGAAGAUUACAUUUCAAGUGUAGAGGAUGAACCUGAUAGAAGUUUUUUUUCCAAUAGUAAAUUUCAGCCAACUUAUAGUUUGCAAUUAGAAAGUUUAAACUCUCAAAAGAUCCAUAGAUUAGACAGUGAAAAUAUUCAGACAAGGGUUGAAAAGCAUUCAGAAGAGAGUUUUGACAGUAUUAAAGACCAUUUUGACUGUCAUAAACUAGAUCAUUUUUCAGAACUUUCAGACAGUUUGAAAACAGAAGAGAUUAGCAAAAAUGUCUUAAAUCUUCCUCAUGAAGGGUUAAAAGAAGAAAAAUUUAAGGCUUCUUCUGAUGAACCUUCUUUAGAGUUAUUUAAAACAUUGUUAGAAGAUUCUAAUAAUAGUGUACAUGAUGCAGUUAGUGCUUUCUGUAGUCAGUUGAGUUUUAAUGAAGUAGAAGACAAACUCCAACUUGCAAAGUUUAGCAAUUCUAUUGUGCAAAUAACUGAGGAAAAUAAAGGGUUAGAAAAUAUUGAAGAAUUGAAAUCAAAAGGAAUGAACUUCUGUGCAAAACAGUGUGAUACAACUUUACAAGAGGUUGUUUCACCAUCUGUGAAAAAUGUUGUUAAUGCUACAGGCCAUCUCAAGAAGAUUGAUAAAUAUUGCGUCUGGAUAAAGGUGAAAAAUACAUUAGUGCCUGUGUGUUGGAGUCAUAUUUAUGUUAAUGGAAGAAGAGUGUGUGGAAUUACUAAAAAGUUGGAAGAUGUUUUAGAAGAAAAUGCAGUUGUACAUUUUGCUUAUAUGCAUACUUUUGCAUAUAAUUCUGAAUGGGUAUAUGUGUAUAGCUUGUGGAAAGGAAAAAAACCUAAACAAAUAUCAGAGCCCACUGUUGAAGAGUUUCUGAAAGAGCUGGAGUUAAAAAGCAGAUCCUUUUCUGUUAGUUGUAACUCUACGUAUAGUACAAAGAAACAAGACCAGAUUGGAUAUAGAGACAAUUCCUUUGAUGAUCAGCGAGAAGAUUCUUCCACCAAAAGUUCUGAUGUAGAAGCUGCAAGUCACAAAAUUUACUCCAAGAAACAGAAGUUUGGAAGAGUUCCUGAUAAAGAUAUUUCUGAUAAAACUUUGGCAUGUUUUAAUUCAACCGGUGCUGAGAAACAUGAAGAUCACAAUAAAACAAAACCUGAUAGAGCAUGUAGGAAUUUGUACUGUGUAAGUGAAGACUCUGGUAGUGUAACUGCACAGACACCAAAGCUUUUUCUGGCAGAGUUUAAGAGUAAAGGAAUCCAGACAAAGAUAGAGGGAGUCCCUUUAUGUACCUGUUUACAUUCUCAACAUCAAGCAAGUGUGAAGAAAGUGGUUAAUGUCAGCAUACAGACAGAGAGUUGUGAGGCCAUUACUGAUUCCACACAGACAUUUUCCACAGGCGAAAUUUUUUACUCAAGGGUGUAUCUUGAUGCUGUUGAUUAACUUGAAAGGUGUUACGUAUGAAUGAAUCUAAUUUAAUGAUAUAUAUAUAUAGCUCAGUUACCUACCAUAACAGAUAAAAUUUAAAUAUCUGCAAUACAUUUUGACUAAAUCUUGAUUCAAUGAAAAUUCUUUGGUGAGUUUCUUUGAUUUAAUUAAACUUGUACUAAAAUUUUGUCUUGCUAAUGCAUAGUUUUAAUAUUUGUAGUCUUCUGUUAUGGUAGUAACAGUAAUAAGAAGAAAAAAGAUAAUACAGUGAAUGUUACUUAAAAAUAAGCCUGUGUUAACCUUGUCUCUAUUUUUUUUAAUUUUAUGGUUUGUUUCUAUGUUAAGUGCUUGCCCGCUUACCAGUUUUAGGGAAAAUUGUGCUACUCUAAACCUUUUAAGGCUUUAUUUUUUUCUUUCUCUUUCCCCCUCAUCAAAACCAUAUACUCUGGUACUUAGAUACAGUAAAAGAAUGAAAUUAAAAUUUUAACUUGUUUUAAGUAUGUUUACUGUGUUAUUGAUCCUUUUAUAUUACCAAUAGAAUUGAUAAAAUAUAAAUGUAGAGGCAGUAAUGUAAAAAAAGAUAGAUCAGGCAUCAUGUAUCUCCAUUGUUAAAAGUAAUAUUACCUGCAUUUGAAAUAAUUACUGAAAUGUGUAGCUGGUACAAGUUUCUCUUUUAUAAAUCAUUUCUAGAAAUCACAAAGGUGAUCUGAUAAAUAGUAGAGUUGGUGGGGCCCAGUCAUGUGUUCAAAAUUAUUGGGGAUGAUAGAUACAGUAGAUGAUGGAUAUAUGCAUGUGACUUGAUUACUGUAUGUAGCCUAUUUUGAAAAGAGUAUUACUUACUAUUAAAUGUGAAAUGAAUUAUUUGUCAUAUUUAGGUCGAUACCUAGUAUAUUAAGUAUAAGUUUGGCACUUAGCUGCUUUAAACAAAACAGCAAAGAAAUAUUAUAAGUAGAAGAGAAGUAAUAUAAUAUAAACAUUUUUCAAAACAGAUUAAAUAAACCUAAAUAUGCUCCUGAUUGUCAAUUCAAGUUUUGAAUAUCACUCCAAAUGUGAUCUGUGAGAAUAGAUUAAUAACUGCAUAUCCCCACCAUCUCUAUACAAUUAGUUCAUUAUUACACUUGAGUAGUUUUAUCUGUCUUGUCACUUGUGUAGUGCACUGAAAAUAUUGGGACAUUUAUUUUACAAUUUUCUAUUAUAUGUGAAAUAUAUAUAAAGAUUAUACAACUUAUGGUACUUUGCUAUCAAUUAUAGUUUGUAUAAAUGGUACCUCAUGUUUUAUAAAACAUAAACUGAUGGAAAAAUGUUUUAAGAUUUGAAUAUCUUUAACUUAUUUUUUUACAAGAGAAAAUUUUGUUGUGUAUAUAGCAGUUGUUAAAAAUAUAGUUACAAAAGGGGAGAAUUUGUCUCAAUGCAGUGACACUUGUGUAAAAGAAAAAAAAGUGUUUUAAAAAAUUAUGGUUCAAACUCCAAAAGGUAGCGAAAUAUUAGAAAAUAGGCUUAAAAAUUGUUACAAAAAUAGGUUUACCUUCCUCUUAAUUCACUCAUUGCAGCUCAAAAUUAGAUUUCUGGUAUUGAACAAAAAGCUCAUUGGGAAGUGAGUUGUGGGAGACAAAAGAUAGAUCUAAAAUGCAAUUUUUUACACAGCAUUGAUUUUGAGCUACAGUGGAGAAAUUAAGAGUAGAACAAAAACAUUUUCAAUUAACUUGUUUUUAUAGCAGUAUUUUAAAGUAUACAAAAUGUAACUGUAGUGUUUAUACAAAGUAGCCCUAAGAAUGUUUUCAGCAUUUGGGGAGGACUGUGCAAGUUCCACAUCACCCCAUUCAGUCUGUGUAAUGCCCCACAACUUUUGAAUGGUUGAUUAAACUUACAGUGAAAGAACUGAAAUGGAAGAGAUGUAUCAUAUAUAUAAGUGUCAUACUUGUCUUUGGCCACAUAAUUCAUUGAUGCAGUCUUUAAACUGAAACCGAGAAAGUGUGUGCUUAUGGGUAUAAAGCAUAAUUUCUCAGUAGCAUAGUUGAUAAAGAUUGAGUGUCCACUGUUUCUUCAAAGAUUACAAUGGUCAAUGACUGGCCCACACCUUUUGACAAACAAGCUCAGAUGAGGCCCGGACCAUUUCACAUUGUGAGGCCCCCCUCAUUUUUUAAUAUUUUAAUGUAAGGAAUGGCAUGUAAAGAAAUUUUUAUUCGUAGAAUGCAUGACUGUAUAAUUUUAUUUAGCUUUAGGCACACUGGCUUGACUAGUUUGUAUAUUAUAGUGUCUCUAAAUAAUGCCACUCAGAAUCCAAAAAUUUAUUAUACAAAUAAAAAAACAUAAUGAUGACACUAUUGUUUUUAUUAAAACCGUUAUUUCAGAAAGGCCUUUUAUUAUUUUUUCUCCGUUAAGUUUUCAAUUAGGGCAGAAAAAUCUAGCUUUCAUGCUAUGUCACAGUUAAUAUUGAGCAUGGCUAUGCCAUUGAGACGCUUUGUGCCAUUGCAGAUUGAUGGUAGUUUUUAACUUGGUUUAGUACACUAGUAUAGUGUUCUCCUGAUGCUACAGAAGCAGGCAAACAUAGAAAUAUUCGUAUUGCAAUUGUCACGUUUGGAAACACUUAGACUAAUCCCAACUCCAGAAUUUGUUCCAAAAUUUUCUUUGGCUUAGUGCCACAAUUUGUCAAAUUUGUGUCACUAGAUUCGUUUACGAAAUAGCAUUUUGUCAAUGAGUUCCUCAGAUACAUGUUCUGAAUACUUUUUUUGAAAGUUAUUGGUGGAUGAAUACUUAGGGUAUUGAAAUCCCACAGAAAACUGAAAAGGGAACAUAUGUUCCUCAAAGACUCAAAUUGUCUGUUCAAAUCACUUUGAACAGAACCAGUGAGCACAAAAAACAUGUGCUUUUAAAAUACUCUUCUGUCUCCUUUUUCAGUUGGAAAAGUACAUUUUGUGGAAAACUUUGGAGAAAUACCAAUGCUUUCUGCAACAUGUUUGCAUUCAAUCAAGAUUGCAUCCCAGUGGUCACGAAAAUGCUGAACAUUUUUGAUGAGACUCUCAAUGUUGUUUUUUUUUCAAGAUCAAGCAUAGCUGUGCAAAAUUCUAUCACGAGAUUUAUCUGAUGAAUCAAAUGUUGAAAAAUACUUUUCAAUACUAUGGAUUUCCAUUUUGGCAUGUGCAGUGAGAUUGAACUUCAGCCAGUGCAGCUCUCACUUCUGCAGUAUGGUUUGCAAUGGGCUUCACAGCAUUUACUUUGGCUCUUCAGUAUGCAUCUGACAAACCAUGCAAUGAAACUAGCAAAUGUUUCUUCAGAAUUUCCCACCUUUGUGGGCUACUGCUGAAACAGUUAAACAGUUGCUUGAUCGUUCCGAAAAAAGUUAUUGCUUCCUUACACAAUGCAGCAGAAUCAACACAAAUGAGGUUCAGUGUGUGAUUGCCGCAGUUUGAGAAAAUGGCAGUGGGAUUUUUUUUUUCCAUUAAAACUGCUUGGGCUCCAUUGUAUUUACCCACUAUAUUUGCUUCUUGUCAUACCCUUGUCCAAUGCAAAAUUGGAAGUCCAGUUUCAAUUCUUCAAGAAUAGUCAAGAUGCAGUUUGCAAUGUCUUUGCAUGUAUUUUUUUGUUGAUGUUGUCAAGUAAAAUGAAUCUUUCUUGAAUUGUGCACUUUAGUGCAUCGUAAAUUUUUUUCCUUUAUUUUCAAAUACUGGAUGACUACAGUUGUCCGUUCUUUAUGUGA